UCUUGGUUUGUAGUUAUUGAUAUCCGUUUCAAUGUUUUGAGUAAAUUAAUUUCAUAAAUAUUGCAUACAAUAUUUGCUUUCCGUUUUAUUUUAUUAUCAUGGAUGAAGAUAUUCGUACAGUUUGGUGUGGAAAUUUAAGUGAGAAAGUAACAGAAGAAAUUCUGUAUGAAUUAUUUUUACAGGGUGGUCCCGUACAAAGAGUUUCUAUUCCUAAAGAUCGUGAUGGCAGGCAAAGAUCUUAUGGAUUUAUAACUUAUAAACAUAUUGAUUCUGUAUCGUAUGCUUUAAAUCUAUUUGAUGGAACAGUACUAUUCAAUCGUCCCCUUAGUAUGAGCACCAGGAAAAAUGCAGAAUUACCACUUAUUAAUAAUACACCAGAUCAUUUUAUGAAUAUUAAUCAUUUGCUUCAGUUAGGCCAACAAAUGGUGUUAGGAAAUACUAUGUAUCAGAUACAAUCAGACUCAUUUCAAACAAACAUGUCAUCAAACACAGUUUUACAUACGAAAAAAAUAGACACUUAUAAAGAUGAUAGAAUGUCGCGACGCGCACAUCCAUAUCAUAGAAAACAAACUCAAAAUGAUAGCCGCUAUACAGAUCAUAGGUCUAAAAGUAAUUAUAGUAAUCACAGAUCAAAUGACUAUUCUAGACGUGAUUAUAAACGCAAUAGGCGUGAUUAUCGUUAAUAUUUUUCGAAUACAGAAACGAAUAAGGAAUAUAAUAAUUUCUAUUGUUAUAAAUGUUUAAAUUAAUGUGCAUUUGUGCAACUUCAGUGAUUUAAAUUUACAAAGUUCUAUUUAAAAGAUAAUAUUUGUACAACUUUAUAUUUUAUACUACCCUGAUAAAUUUGUAAUUAAUUUAUAAAAGGAAUCUAUUUUAUUUUAUAAUUCGUGUACAAAAAUAGCAAUAAAUUAAAGUUAAUUAAAUUACAUCUUUCUUCCAUAUAUUAUGUUAGUCUUUAAUUAUGUGGUAAUAGUCACGAGGUUUAUAACAUUUUUUGUUGUCUAUUUCAAUUUUUGUGUUCUGUUUAAUUAUACGCGCUGCUUUUUCGGCAAGCAUUAUAACUGCGGCAUUAAUAUUACCACUUGGUAAAACUGGAAGUAUAGAUGCAUCGACUAUGUACAAAUCUUUUGUAUUAUAAACUCUACAAAAAGUACUUUUUAUAUUAUUUAUAAAAAAACAUAAUUAUAUAUUUAAAACUGCUUAAUUACCUAUACAUUUGAUCGACAACGUCGCCCAUACGACAUGUACCGGCAGGAUGAUACGAAGUUAAAGUUAAAUGUUGUAUAUAACAUUCCCAAUAUUUUGUACUAUCAAAUAUUUCAUUUUCACAACCAGGAAAAUGUUUUUCAUAAAUAGAUGCACCAAUACUUUUCAUGGCAUCUGUUCCAACAAGGUUUUUUACAAAUUGUAAUCCUAUAAAGUUUAAUGCGUGUAUAAUUUCAUCAUAAAUAUAUGAUAAUUCAUAUAAUUGUA